UGACACCCGGAGGCCCCGCCCUCCACAUCCAGGACCCGGCCCACCGCGCCGCAAUGGCCGCGCUGUCGUCGUUGGGCCGUUCGGUGCCGCUGGUGGUGAUCCUCGGCGCCACCGGCACUGGCAAGUCGAGGUUGGCGCUGGAAUUAGGCCGGAGACUUCGCGGGGAGAUUGUCAGCGCUGAUUCCAUGCAGGUUUACAAAGGUCUGGACAUCAUCACAAACAAGGUGACAGCCGAGGAGCAGCGGCUCUGCGCUCAUCACAUGAUCAACUUCCUCGAUCCACUGGUCUCCUCCUAUUCAGUGGUGGAUUUCAGGAAUAAGGCACUGUCCAUAAUUGAAGACAUCAUGAACAGAGAAAAGAUCCCGAUUAUAGUAGGAGGAACCAAUUAUUACAUUGAAUCGCUGCUAUGGAAGGUGCUCGUGGACACAAAGGAAGGGACUGUUUGCUGUGCUGCAGAUGGAGAUUUUGUGACUUCAUCAACCAAGAGGAAAGAAGAACUGGAAAAACUUGACUUCCAAGAGCUGUACACACGACUGGUUGAAGUGGAUCCCGAAAUGGCCGAAAAGUUACACCCACACGAUAAACGGAAAGUGGCAAGGAGCUUGCAGAUCUAUGAGGAGACUGGAAUUCCCCACAGCAAGCUUCUCCAGCAACAGCGGGAAGAAGAGGGUGGAGGUCCCCUCGGUGGUGCCUUGCGGUUUCCACAGCCCUGUAUUUUUUGGUUACAUGCUGACCUUUCAGUUCUGGACGAGCGUUUGGACCACCGAGUUGACGAGAUGCUUGCUGCUGGUCUUCUGGAGGAACUGAAUAGUUUUCAUAAACAGUACAACCAACAGAAAAUAGCCAAGAACAGCCAGGACUAUCAGCAUGGCAUUUUCCAAUCGAUUGGAUUCAAAGAAUUCCAUGAAUAUCUGAUCUCGGAAACUACCUCCAAUGAAAUAAGGGAAAAGCUACUGACCCAAGGAAUCACAGCACUGAAACAAGUCACAAAGCGUUAUGCCAGAAAACAAAACAAGUGGGUCCGGAAUCGCUUCCUGAAAAGGCCAGGGGUGAACGUUCCAUCAGUGUAUGGCCUGGAUGUGACCGUUGUCAGUCAGUGGGAGGAGAUGGUGUUGCAACCUGCACUCCAGAUCGUUGAGAGCUUCUUAAAGGGAGAGAAACCUGUAGCACUGCCGUUAACCAUGGCUCAGGACCAGAAUGAUGGGAAGAGGAAUCGUCGAGUCUGUGAAUUGUGUGACAAAAUCAUCCUUGGUGAUCAGGAAUGGAAGGCUCACCUGAAAUCCAAGAAUCAUCAGUACCACUUGAAGAGGAAGAGGAGGGCGGAGGCGCAAUUAAACACACACACUUCCUCUGAUUCUGUAAACACUGCACAAGAAGUGUAGAGGUUGUUUCCAAUCUGCAGUUGAAGGGCAGGAACUUGGCCAGGGUGUGAAUCAAUCGGUAUGAAUGGUCUGGAGCAGUAUCCAGCCGGAAGCUCUUACCUACUAGAGACUGAAUGCAGAAUGACUCCGGUAUCAAAGGACGUACUGUGCGGCCAUUCCUCCGUCUGUACUUGUAAUCAACACCAAAUUUGGUGUUGAUAUUCUGGGUUGUAAUUCCUGAAGCUUCUUGGUGGAUCAAAUUUUGGGUAAAUAUUGCAUAAUUUUCUUUUGAAAGUUGGAGAUAAUUGAUAUUGGCUUGAUAAAGGUGGCUGGAUGUAUUCCUGGAGAUUUUCUAACAUCUCCCAUCUCCAGCCUUGCCAGUCACUCAAGAAACAUUUUCUCACCAGCUCUACUACUAACUUGCAACAGUGUUGAAGAAAAGUUAAAAGAUGCCUUUUAUUCAGGGAGUAUAGCAGAUCUAGAAGGUUAAUCAUUCAUUUUGAAGAGUGACUAACCAUGACUUGAAACUAAUCAGUAGUAACUGAUCAAGUAUGAUAGAAGGAACAGAUAUUUGGAGUUGUGGCAUGUUCAGGACUUCCUUGCACAUGCCUUUACCGAUGAGCUAUGUGAAUAAUGGCCAGUCGUUAAUGUGGAAAAUGAUGCACAUUGACUAAAGCUGAUCUCUUGCAGGGGGAUGGUAUGUGUUAUCAUUUUGUGUCUAAUCUGAAAAGAAAAUGAACAAAACAAGGACUGAUAACAGAAAUAGUAAAUUACUCUGAGCAAUGCAUUGUCUAUUGGGUUCAAGUGGAGAGUGAUAGCUGUAACGGAAUAAACUGUCAGAUCGCACGAACGUCAGCUGAAUGCUAUAAAUGGGACUAAGCGUACAUUCCCAAGUUGAGGCAAUUAUUUCUAUUGAAUAUUUUUGUUUUAAUGCUCCAUUCCUGUUCUGCAUGUGCUGAACUUUUAAUAUCUUGUUUUUUAAAAAUCCCACUAAGUUUAAGAAAUUCCCAGUAAUGGAGAGAGGCCUGUCAGGUACACCCAAACAGCUCCAGAAUCACAAUAUAAAUCUUAAAUUGUCUUCAUCUUAAUUAGUGUAUCCUUGGAACUCAAGUCACAUUUCAUUCUGUAAAUCUGUACUAUACUUCCUCCAAAGUCAUUGCAUCUUUCCUUGGAUGUGGUGAUUACUAUAUUCAUGGUACUCAUUGUGUUGUCUUACCAAGGCUGUAAUAACUUGUCUAUAAACUCUAACCAUUUGAAUUGUAGUUCUGUUUUCUAAACUUGUUCUAAAUUUUAUAUACAUUUACAUAAAAUGGAUUUCUUUAUUUCAACUUGUUGGGUUUUAUAUUUUGAGAGCAGUCUGCCCCAACCGUUGUAAAUCCGGUCUCACAUUUGGCUGUAUUUUCCCCCUUUUUUUCAAUCAUGCUAAUAUCUUGAGAUAUAUACUUGUACAGUGCUUUGUAAUCCAGCUCUAUUUGUGGCAUUGGUCAAUUUAUUUUCAACAUUUUUUCCAAUGCUGCAGUGUAGACUAGUGGUCGCCAACCUGUCGAUCGCGAUCAACCGGUCGAUCUUUGAGACUUUCCCAGUAGAUCCUGAAAAAAAUCAAAAAUAAAUACACAAAUAGUGUUGUAAUGUGAGCAUUAGAAAAAUAAGUAAUACUAAUUAGGAUAAUGGUAAUGUAGCAAUACUUUUGCUACUGAAAGCUGUUUGCAAAGAGAGAUUGUUUCUGGGUUGUGGGGAUUUAGUUCCGUGCCCAGUGUGUAUGUGUGUAGCUCCCCACCAUGCGCUGCGUUUUCAGCAUAGCUUGUGCUGCAUCAAAGUGACCAAAUAGAUUAGAUAAGAGUACAGACUGUCGCAAACAUCAAUAUACGGCACUCGCUCGUGAUAUCCUGAUAGCAUGGCGGAGGCUCCACGAAAGAAGGCGAAAACGUACAAAUUCCAUCCAGAGUGGGUAGAGGAAUUUCUAUUUACCUUGAUGAAAGACAAGUGUGUAUGUAUGUUGUGCCACCAAACACAAGCACUGACUAAAAGAGAGAAUCUGGAGUGGCACCAACCACCAGAAAUUUAAAGACACUUACCCCGCCAAAGAGCGCAAUUCGUGCCAGGAAAGUUGAGGAGCUAAAAUCUGGGUUGAAGGCCCAGCAAUCGUUUUUCACAAAACAUGCUGCUCAAAAUAAGACUGCUAUUGAAGCAUCAUUACGUGUAAGUUACCUUUUGGCUAAACACAAGAAGCCUUUUACAGAUGGCAAUUUAUUCAAGGAAGCAAUGGCCAUUAUUGCAGAGACUGUUUUUAAUAACUUUAAAAACAAAAACGGCAUCACAACCGCAAUACAUAAUAUACCGCUUGGCCCUGCAACAGUGACAAGGAGGGUAGAGUCACUGUCAGAGUUCGUGGAUCGACUUGUCACUCUGUGAAUAGUUUUCACUACAGUUCGAUGAAUCCAUGGAUGUAAUGCAAAAAGCUCAGCUUGUUGCAUUUGUCAGAAUGGCUUUCCAGGAUUUUACAACAAAGGAGGACUUCCUCACUCUUUUGCAAUUAAAGGAGAGAAUGAGAGGUGAGGAUAUUUACAAUGAGUUUUAAAAAUAUGUCCGUGAAAAUGACAUCCCCAUUCAUAAACUGGUGGCAAGUAUUACUGAUGGGGCCCCAGCACUGCGCCUUGUGCGCGUUGGCUUUAUAGCACUAAAAGUCAGUACCUACUUCGGGUCAACUUAUCAAUGUGAAAUUGCUUUUUCACAGAUGAAAAUUAUUAAAUCUAAGUACAGGAGCUGUCUUACUGACAGAUACCUCACAGACUGUCUCAAACUGGCUGGCUGUAGUUAUGAGCCAAAUUUCAGGGAACUAGCAGAAAGUACUCAGCCCCAGUCAUCACACUAAGUGUAACAGUCAAUUUUUAUUCAUUUAUUUUUCAUGUUGAAAUAAAAUUAAAUAAUGAAACUUGGAAUUAAAUGUGUGAAAUAUUGUAAUAUUCUUAAUGAAAGACAGCUAUGGCCUGUUUGAUAUGCUAGUUACAGUGUUUUCUUGUUUGAAUUAAUUUGAAAGUUUGACAAAAGUAUUUUGUGUAAUUCAAAUACAAUUAGCCCAAAUAAAAGGCCUCAAAUUGGAAGUACAAUCUGAGCUGUU